GCAAUGAGGCUCGGGAUUUGAACUAAUGCCAUCGCACUGACUCAUCCAGGGAGAGUAAAGGAGCUCAGAGAACAAGGAUACUAAGCUAGAGAGGCGCUUGCUCAAGGGAAAGAGAAAGGAGGGGGAGGUUACGUGUAAGCAGGGGGACAGACGAGUUCGCCUCCGUGGCCGAGGAGAGCAAAAUCAAGAGCUAGAUCGAUAAUUCAGUCAAAUUUUUCAACAAUAAGUAAAUAAAAAGAGCCUCAGAUCCCGGGCUGAGUCAUCCAGUCCAGUUCGAGCAGGAAGACGGCACUUUUCUGAAGGGCUUAAUUAUACAGGAGGCAACGAUCCUCCUUAAAACUACAGAGAGAUCAAGACUUGGAUACCAGUAGGCAGGCAAAGGGGAAGGAAGGGGAAACAAGACACGUCCAAUUUUCUUUAGAAAUAAAGACGCGUUUGGAAAGUGUCUCUUUUUUUAAAAGACUGUUCACAGUUAUGCUGACGUUCUUAAGAGACUCAAUGAUUUGGCUCUACAAGCAGUGAUUUUUGCAUUCUUAUACGUGGUAGGUUUGGGGUGAAUCUUUUUUUUUUAAUCCCACGGUCCUGUUUCAAGAGAGAGAUAGAGAGAAAUCAGGCUUUAAAAUAGAAUCAAAAUCCAAAUUGCCAGCUGCAUCCGCCUCCACCUGAGCGCGCUUGAAACCUAAAGCAUCACGAUUGGAAACCAAGACAGGAAGGUGGAACAAGAGGGAACAACAGCUAGAAAGAGCAUUAUUUUUUCAUUAUUAUUUCUCUUCCACUUGCACCUUGGACAAUGUACCAGGACUUUCCGGCAAAUUUUGAUACCUCCUCUCGGGGCAGCAGCACUUCUCCAGGGCAUCCGGAAACUUACUCGAGCAUCACAACUCAACAGAAAUUCCGGGUCGAUAUGCCAGGAUCGAGCAACACAUUUAUUCCUACUCUCAACGCGAUAACCACCAGCCAAGACCUACAGUGGAUGGUUCAGCCCACCGUGAUAACCUCCAUGCCAAGUGCCUACUCUCGCUCGCAUCCCUACAGCCAUGCAUUGCCCAACCUGUCUUCAGUUACUGGACACACAGCCCUACAAAGGCCUGGUGUUAUUAAAACCAUUGGGACCACCGUGGGCAGGAGGAGAAGAGAUGAGCAGUUAUCACCUGAAGAAGAAGAGAAGCGAAGAAUUAGAAGAGAAAGGAACAAACUAGCAGCAGCGAAAUGCCGUAACAGGCGCCGAGAGCUGACUGAGAAACUCCAGGCAGAAACAGAGGAGCUGGAGGAGGAAAAAUCAGUGCUGCAAAAGGAGAUUGCUGAACUAGAGAAGGAGAAGGAGAAGCUGAAAUUCAUGUUAAUGGCUCACAGCCCCAUGUGCAAGAUCAGCCCCGAGGGGCAUCGAACCCCUCCACCUCAUAACCUCCAGGCCCUGAGGACUGGAAUGAGUGGUCCUGUGGUGGUGAAACAAGAGCCUAUGGAGGAAGAGAUCCCCUCUUCCUCUUCAGAUCCCGAAAAAGGGCAAAGAUCUGUCAUUAAGCCCAUCAGCAUUGUUGGGGGGUUUUAUGGAGAAGAGCCACUCAACACACCUAUUGUAGUGACUUCGACUCCUGCUGUUACCCCUGGAACAUCCAACUUGGUCUUCACCUAUCCCAGCGUGCUGGACCAGGAUUCCCCACUCUCCCCCUCAGAAUCCUGUUCCAAAGCUCACCGGAGGAGCAGCAGCAGCGGGGAUCAGUCCUCUGAUUCCUUGAACUCUCCAACUCUACUGGCGCUGUAACCCUUUAGCCACCACUCCACCCAGUUACUGUUGUGGGGGGGAACCCCCCACCUCAAGACCAGAGACAGCACAAUGGCAUUCGAGCACAAGGCCAACAAGAGCCAGGAAAGGAAAUGAUGUUGCUCCAGAUAUUUCCUUAGACAGGAAGACUAGAACAAAUGAAAGCUGUAUCAGUCUGGAGUUGGUAAGCAGCAGUCACAAUCCCAGGACCCGACGAUGAGGGGUUUUCCCUCACUCACCAAUGACUGCAGUGGAUGUGACCGUCCAUCAAUUGCUAGCCAUUUUCCUGUUAGGUUGAUGAAUGGACCGUCUGACCUGGCUCCUUCUCCUGCGCUAAGCAGUACAUUCCAGUUAGUUGAUCUCAUUUGGGCCUUAACAUUUUCUUGAUUUUUGUUGGAUACCAUGACAUUUCGAAAACUCUAAAGGCUUGCUGAACCACUGCUGAUAUUGAGAGCUGCCUCCUGGGAAUUUUUGCCAUAUUUGGGUGGCUUUUGGCACAUGGUGGAAGUUUUGGGGGGAGAAGGGAAAUUUAUUACAGGUCCAAAUGGUUCUUCAAAAGUUACACAUCCAGUGUCUUCAUUAGGGAAUGGGGAAAAUGAUGGGGAAACUGGUUAACAAAAAGACAAGAGUCUCCUUGAAGACAAUAGGGAACCGUGCACUGUUUGUGUCUACAAAGGCUGUAUCUGCAACAUACCUUCGUCAGUGGGCCAGGAGUGGUGCCAAGGGAGCUGGGGAAAUGCCAGAGUGGGUUUCCACUAAGCCUUUAUUUCUGGCAUGAUGUCUUCUGUAAUUAGUGUUUGUCAAAUCUGUUGCAGGACCCUGUGUUUUCUUUCCUUUUGGCUGCCAGCCACUUUGGGUGUGAUGCAGCUUCCUCUGAAGUAUGCCUGAAUCACAUGCUGGUGCUGUUUCUCAAACAGAGCUACCAGCUUCCAGGUUGCAGGCGGUUGCCCUUGCCCAGUGCUGCCAUUCUUCUUGUGGCUGAUCAGGGAAGGGGAUUAAUUUGAGGGAGAAUGUGCAAGAAGCUCCCUGGAAGAAAUCCCCACACCCCACCCCUUUGGCUAAAUUUCAGUCAUCGGGACCUGGCCAGGGUUAUGUGUAUUGCCAUCUGAUGGUGUCAGGCCAAAUCAGUCCUUUUCCUAGUCCUAGAGACAUCUGAAGAAAAAUGGAUUCUGCACUUUGCCUCCCGCUGCACUUGGUUUCCAACUCUUAACUACAUAUGACUGAUAAAAACAAAAUCUGUGCUCACUACUGAAAAAGGCAGCAUGUUUCACUUAUGUACAUCCCCUGUAGUGCCAAGCAUUAAUGCAACUGUACAUAAAGAGUGUGCCGAUUUUAGCAGGGAUACCCACAGAUAACUUGGAGAGAGGUUUGUUGUAUCUUCAUCUGGAAGUAGACAGUUUUACUCUAAAACUUGUCCUUUACAAAAUACAUAAGAUAACUCAAGUUAAUGGUAAACAUAUUAACGACUGGGUCUGCUUUCAUUUUCUUUUAUGGAAUAUGUGGACGAGCUAGGCAAGGAAGCUGAUAAUUUUUUUACCCCGUUGUGCUCUUCAGAGAUCAGCUUCUUGAGUAUGGGCAGGAUCUUCAAGCCAUGUUAAGUCCAGCGGUGGGCAUCUUUGCCUCUUCAAGAUUUGCCUUAACAGCUGGGAAACUGCAGUCUUGACUCGGAAGUGUUUUUUUUAUUGAUAUCAGUGAUCACAUUCCUGUUUAUUUUUAAUGUGUCUGGGUCACAGCCAUAGUUAGGAAUAUAAUGCUAGGUUAUUUGAUCAGAGUUUCUAAUUAAUGAAGUUUUUAGAAUGCUCUAGAUCAGGGGUGUCAAGCUCACAUUGUCACGGCGGCAUUACGCGAUAUAUUGGGACUAUUUCCCCCUUCACUAAACUGGGCAUAGGCGUGGUCAGACUGUGAUGCAUCUGGCCUGCAGGCCGAGAGUUUGACAACUCUGAUCUAGAUUAUGGGCUUCCCCCCCCUAAUUAGAGAAGUCAGAUUUGGUGACCUGAAUGAAUUCUAGGGAAUUUUGAGUACUGUAAAGGUAGCAUUUGAUUCAAGUGGAGCUCAGUUCUUGGUGAUUUUGUGGACAUGUUUUUGUCAUUUUUUGGACAAUGAUGGAGGCUUGCUUUCUUCAACAAUAUUUUUAAACUCCAGUCUAAUCUGCAAUCUGGGAUUCCCUAGAGGUCUCCCAAAUAUUGAUUAGAUCCAAAACAAACUCCACUUAGCUUCUAAACCCAGAAAUGAUGAAGCUUCAUUAUCUAUUUUUGCCUAUGCUGGCCAUAGGAGGAAAAAAAUCUAGAUUAUUUCUGGCUACUGGUGGUAUAUUUGACUGCUAAACAUGUCCUAGACAUUACUUAACACUAUAAAGUUUAUAUUUAUAGCAAUAAAAGCCAAACAUUUGCUUUACAGGGAAGAAAGGGUGUACAAACUGAUUUUUCUAGCUGUUAUCUCCUAUAGUAGAUUCUGUUUAUUGAAAUAAUUUAAACCAGCUGACCAAAUUUAUGCUCAGUUUAUGUGCAACACCAUAGUCUGAACCAAAAGUCAUGUGGUGAACAAGUCUUUCUGUAAACACGUUGCGCUGUAUCAUGUUGAGGAAGACUGGUAUAAAACCACAAUAAAAAGUUGUCUAGAACUGCUUUUAUAUGCACAUGAUAAGUAUGUUGUAUGGCUCAAGAUUCAGAUUCGAGCAUCUCAUGUUUGGUAUUUUAAGGAAGAUUCUGAUCUUAAUGGGAGCAUCUUGUCACUAGAAUCAAAAGGAACUACUCAAUAUACUUAUAUCAGAAGUAAGGGACCAAUGCUUCUCUGCCAUAAUGUUUCAGAAAUAAAAUUGCCACAAUUUAUUUAGCACAAAUUCCAUCUUCAUAGGAAUUAUUGGAAAAACUAAAGGGUAAAUAAAAUUAAAUAAUUUGACCUGCAAUUUUGGAAGUUAAAUGAUUAUUGGCAGAAGAUGACAAUAUUCUGUCAAAGUUCCCCAUUAAUGUUGUGCCAGUAGCAGGGUUAAGUAUUCAGUUCCAUGUUGAAUCUAUGACCUUGCCAUCAUUCCACAGAUAAACUUGCUUUUCAAUAUGUGCUUUUCAAGAAGUGUUGCUCCAGAAAACUGGGAGAAUUGAAGAAAGUACCUGAGUAGUGAUCCUUUUGUUCUAAUUCCAUGUAGCAGGACAUGAUGAUGCUGAGCUCAAUCAAAUAGAAAAUUGCUUCAAACUUGGCUGAAGGAAUAGCGAUCUUAAGAGAUGCUUCUAGAUAUCUAGACUUCUAUAAUUGGUUCUGAUUGUUGACUCAGAUCUCUCUAGGUAAUUUUAGCUUGCUUCUCAUUUCAUUUUUAUUCCAUGGGUUUGUGUAUCCCAGUUGGAUGAUGGUUCCUGGAAUCUAGCAAAAGUAUAUUUGUAUUUGGUUCAUCCAGUCUUAUUACUUCAAGCAGGCUGAGGCCAUUAUGCUCUUCCAGUAAGUGGUGUCUUUGUGGCUAAUACUUUUUGGUCAACCUUGUACAAUUGGUUCAUUAAUGUGUUCAGAUUGAGCACUGCCAUGUUUUGGGUAGUUGAAUCCGGCUUUUAUUCUAGUUUUGGCUUUUUUUAGCAUCUUUUUAAAUAUGCACAUUUAUACCCUUGAAAUUGCAUAGUUGCAUUUUCCCUUCUGCCUCACUGGUGUAAAUGCUGUAAAAUGUUUGCAUGGCACAAACUCUUCUGUUUUGGCUUUUUCUUCCACAAGCUUCUGGUCUACAGAACAAUUGGCAGAGACCCAUGUUUUACCAUUGUCCCAAUUCGCUGAAGGUGACCUAGUAGUAGGAAUUAUUUAGCCUCAUGAGAGCAAUAUAGGAUGGCAUCUUACACAUGGCUCAUGGUUAUAACUAACAUCUCAGAUCUUGUUUUCUGUGGUACUGUUCUAUGAGUAACACGCUUGUGCGUGAAGUCUUAAUAACAGCUUUUAUGCAAUAAAGCAAACUUAAAGAAGUUUUGUAGAAUACGUUGUAUCCAAAUUUUUUACAAUCUACAGGAUUUAUACCAAACUCUGAUCUGGCAAUGUUUUGCCCAGCUACUUUAGGACUUAAUAUGCAUGCCUUGAUGGAAAGCAAUUGCUGUUCUUGCAGUAUUUUGGAGAAAACGGCUUCUUUUCCAGAGAAAAAGUCUACUUGUCUCCCAACACUAAUGCAUUUUUCUCUCUCUCUUUAAAUUCCUGCUUCCUACCCAUUCUUAGUUCUAAUGUUUAUACUUGACUUUUUAUUUCCAUUAGAACACAAUCCAGCAAACUCUGCUUUGCAGCUUCUGUUAAUUUCAACCUGUUUUGACCUGAUGACACAGCUAGGGAUGGUGUAGUCACUGGGUUUGAUGAAUUUUGCUUAUUAAACCAGCUGAGUACUUGUGAUAUAACAGGAUCUGAGGUCAUCAUAUCAGUAUCAAUGGAUUUAAAAAUAUCCUUAUUGUUUUAUUUAAUUGAUCCACUAAGUUCACUUGAACUUAGCAGUAUGCUGCUUUUGUAUUCCACCCAAUCAUAAUAACACUCAUUAUUUCUUAUUUAUUGGCAAGCAAACAUUUUUUGUGUCGGCUACAGUGAAUCUGCUCACCAUUAAUUAAACAAAUUGUUCCUAUUUUUUAUGCAAAAAUGAAAUUAAUCAGAGAAGGUCAAAAUUGUAAAAGAGAAUGCAAGUGAUAGCAUAUCUUUCUUGGUUUUUUUUUUAACAUAGACUUAUAAUGUUUACAUCUUUUUCUUUGCCACAGAUCUGGAUUUGAAAAAUAUUUUUUCCCUACUGAUUUUUAAAAUCCUGAUUUUUUUUCUUUUUCAAAUAAAAAUAGUUAGACAUGGUAAGAGUUAAUAAUUUCUCCCCUUCCCUUUGUAUAAUUUUUCAAUGAAUUGUCUUGGUGCUUCAUUUUGGUUCUCGUUGUUCUGUUCAAAUCUGUAUGAAUAUCUGUUCUGUUUAGAAAUGGUUUACUAGUCUCAAUUUCAUGUUUUUUUCAUUCAUGAGAAUUAUUAUUUUCAGGGGGCGGGGGGGAGAAUGAGGUGUUCAUUAAGCCAUAAGUAUCUAUCUGUGCAAUAAACACUAGGCAAGUGCUUUCAGAAAAGGUUGGUAUCUCAGUCAUAAUGCGCUUCGCAGGCAAAAGUUUCCAGGGCUUUUCUAAGUAGGACUGCCUCAAUUGCUGAAUGAAACAGACUUGAUAACUCACUUUCUGUUUCUUCCAAAAAAUCAGUGGUUCCUAUGAUCACAUUCAACAUUCCAAUUAGGUGGCAUUUUUGCAUAUCAGUAUAAUCCUAGGGUAUGUUUUAUUCCAAUUCAUUAAAAAUCCAUUCUGCAGGCAAAAAGAUCUAAAAUGGGCAAGUAGAAUAUGAUUUAAUUCCCACAGAAAGAGUAAAAAUGACGCUCUUUCGUUACAUCCAUUGGUUUGCAUGAAUUGGGUUUUUUUUUUAAAUUUGACAACAAAGAAUGUUGAUGUGAUUCCAUAUCCAGGUGAUGGAAUAGAUUGUCUAACGCUGUUCUUGGCGUAAACAAAUGGGAAGAAUAUCAUAGCAAAAAAAGGGUGGGGGGGAGGGGAAUCUGCAAGAACACCAAAUUGUACAUGUAUAUGCAUAUUUUCUAAUUAUAGAAAACAAAGCCAGAAGAACUGAAGAAAGUAAGUGCUUUUAUAUCUUUCUCUGCAAAUCUCAUGAGAUUAACAAGGACUAUAAAGAUUAGGAGAUUUUUUUGGCAGGGGGAGAAGCUCCAAACUUAUGUAAGGGGGAGAGGGGAUUCUCAUAUAAAAAUGUACAGAGAAAUGGUUUCUAAAAAUGAACUUUCAGUCUUCUUCAAAUUAUAAGAUAGAACAAGAGCAUUCUCUCUCAGUAAAAGACUGUUUUUCUGUCUUAAAAUGGUUCUGUUUCUUUCCCACUCUUGAAUUUUAAUACUGUUCUGAUUCUUUUGUGGCUGUUUUGAUGUAGGAAAACCAGAAUUAUGUGUUGAAAAUAGACAUUUGGUCUGUCUCAGUGAGCAGAUAAAUGUUGUGCAUGUGUAUAGAUUCUACUGUGUAGUCCCAUUAAAUAUUGGUAAGAAAAAGUGCAUCUUCAUUAGCACAGUAAAUUGAUGGUAUAAAACGAAAGAAUACUUUAGGAUCAAAGGGCCCGAUUCUCUCUUUAUUUGACUGUGAUCUUAAAUGCAUUCAUUCACCUUAGAUGUACGUACACCAGUGUUAAAAUCAGUAGAGGAAAUUGUUUCAGUGAUUUUAUUUUUCCCCAUCAUAUAUACAAAUCCAUAGGGAUCUUUAUUUUUUUCUUUCCACACAUUCAGUUUUGCAUUUCCUUUUCCCCGACACGGGGUGAAAUAAGUUUGGAUAGGAGUGAUUUAAAUUGGGAGCCCUUUUCUGAAUGUCUGUGUAAAAGAGCUCUCAUUGGUAGAGAAGCUUUCCAGGGAGGUCAUCUUAUUCCUUUUCUUGUAAUGCAGGCCUACAAUAUUUGCACUAAAAUUAACAAAAAUAAUGGUAUGGAGGUGAUUGAAAGAAAGGUUGCUGCUAUGAAAGAAAAAACUUAAAAGAAUGGCCAUGCUUUUACAGAUUUUAAUGUACCAUUUUGUAAAAUGAAAGCGGUCUAGAUGGAAAAGAAUGAAGGUUUUAUAUGUAUGUGUGUGUAUAAAAUUAUAAUUAUUAUUUUUUACUUUCUCUUACUGUUCAUUUCCACAUCCCACUUGAUUCUAUUCUGUGUUCUUUCAUUGCUACUUUUGUGAUUGUGUUCAUUAACCCCAUCCCCAAGUUUAAA